CCUUGCAGCACGAUAGACCAGGAUAAGCUUCUACAUUCUCUCCCUGGAUUUCUGGAGUGGUUUCCAGGAAGAAGUUAAACUUUUACCUUUAAAUGGAUGACCAUGUCACAAUCAGGAAGAAACAUCUCCAAAGACCCAUCUUUAGACUAAGAUGCUUAGUGAAGCAGCUGGAGAGAGGUGAUGUUAACGUCGUAGACUUAAAGAAGAAUAUUGAAUAUGCAGCAUCUGUAUUGGAAGCUGUUUACAUUGACGAAACAAGAAGACUGCUGGAUACUGAAGAUGAGCUCAGUGACAUUCAGACAGACUCAGUCCCAUCAGAAGUACGGGACUGGUUGGCGUCCACCUUCACGCGGAAAAUGGGGAUGAUGAAAAAGAAAUCUGAGGAAAAACCCAAAUUUCGAAGCAUUGUGCAUGCUGUUCAAGCUGGAAUUUUUGUGGAAAGGAUGUACAGAAAGUCCUAUCACAUGGUUGGUUUGGUAUAUCCAGAAGCUGUCAUAGUAACGUUAAAGGACGUUGAUAAAUGGUCUUUUGACGUAUUUGCCUUAAAUGAAGCAAGUGGAGAACACAGUCUGAAGUUUAUGAUUUAUGAACUGUUUACCAGAUAUGAUCUUAUCAAUCGUUUCAAGAUUCCUGUUUCUUGCCUAAUUUCCUUUGCAGAAGCUUUAGAAGUUGGUUACAGCAAGUACAAAAAUCCUUAUCACAAUUUGAUUCAUGCAGCUGAUGUCACGCAAACUGUGCACUACAUAAUGCUUCAUACAGGUAUCAUGCACUGGCUCACUGAACUGGAAAUUUUAGCAAUGGUCUUUGCCGCUGCCAUUCAUGAUUAUGAGCAUACAGGAACUACAAACAACUUUCAUAUUCAGACAAGGUCAGAUGUUGCCCUUUUGUAUAAUGAUCGCUCUGUCCUAGAGAAUCACCAUGUGAGUGCAGCUUAUCGACUUAUGCAAGAAGAAGAAAUGAAUGUUUUGAUAAAUUUAUCCAAAGAUGACUGGAGGGAUCUUCGGAACCUAGUGAUUGAAAUGGUUUUAUCUACAGACAUGUCAGGUCACUUCCAGCAAAUUAAAAAUAUAAGAAACAGUUUGCAGCAGCCUGAAGGGAUUGACAAAGCCAAAACUAUGUCCCUGAUUCUUCAUGCAGCAGACAUCAGCCACCCGGCCAAGUCCUGGCAGCUGCACUACCGGUGGACCAUGGCCCUGAUGGAGGAGUUUUUCCUACAGGGAGAUAAAGAAGCCGAGUUAGGACUUCCAUUUUCUCCACUUUGUGAUCGGAAGUCAACGAUGGUGGCCCAGUCACAAAUAGGUUUCAUUGAUUUCAUAGUAGAGCCAACAUUUUCUCUUCUGACAGACUCGACAGAGAAAAUUAUUAUUCCUCUUAUAGAGGAAGCCUCAAAAACAGACACUUCUUCCUAUGGGGCAAGCAGACGAUCAAAUAUGAAAGGCACCAUGAACGAUGGAACCUAUUCCCCAGACUACUCCCUUGCAAGCGUGGACCUAAAGAGCUUCAAAAACAACCUGGUGGACAUCAUCCAGCAGAACAAAGAGAGGUGGAAAGAGUUGGCUGCUCAAGGUGAACCAGAUCUUCAUAAGAACUCAGAAGAUCUAGUAAACGCUGAAGAAAAACAUGUGGAUACACAUUCAUAGGUUUGAAAUACCUUACAGGCUUCUGUCAUUUUAAACAUGAGAGGUAAUUUUAUUUUUUAGACAAGAAACCUAAUUUCUGAAGUGAAUGGUUCGUAGAAUAUCAUUAGAGACAAAGCUAUCUCAUUGCAGUGUCCUCCU